AUGACCGUGGGACGCCCCACCACACGCGCCGGAAGAGGCGGGGCUAAAACUCGGCCUCCUCCGGCGCGACGCCGAGAAGGGUGGCUUCCGCCCUCUCUCCCCUACGCCUGCGCCCACGCCUUUGACCACGCCCGGGAGGGCCCGAGGGGCGUCUGCUCCCCGCCCCUGCUGAAGCUGCUAGGGGCCGCAGGUCCUGCUCUGACUCCUCCGGGAGGCAGAGAAUGGAUGCGGAUUUAUCGGCAAUUACGGUCCAUUUCACCUGCGCCAGCAGUGCCAGUGCCGCCGGCCGCGUGUCAAGCCAUGAACAAGGAUCUUUCGAGGGAAGAUGCAGCCCUGGGAGCGGCGGCCGCCGCGGCACGACUCGGGGAGCCGGCGGGACAGGUACAAAUGAGUUGUGAUGGAAACUUUGAAAAUGUAGAGCUGGGUGUCAUAGGGAAAAAAAAGAAAAUUCCAAGACGAGUCAUUCACUUUGUCAGUGGUGAAACCAUGGAAGAAUAUAGCACUGAUGAAGAUGAAAACAAUGGUCAAGAGAAAAGAGACCUUUUACCUACCAUUGAUCCGACAACACUUACCUGGGGCCCUUACUUAUGGUUUUACAUGCUUCGUGCUGCCACCUCAACACUUUCAGUGUGUGACUUUCUUGGAGAGAAGAUUGCAUCACUUCUGGGUAUCAGCACCCCAAAGUACCAAUAUGCCAUUGAUGAAUAUUACCGGAUGAAGAAAGAGGAGGAAGAGGAAGAAGAAGAAAAUCGAAUGUCUGAAGAGGCAGAAAGACAGUAUCAGGAGCAGCAGAAGAAACUCCAGGCUGACUCCACUGUUCAGACAGACCAGCCAGAAGCAGUGGCAUCAAGCUCUUUUGUUAACCUCAAUUUUGAAAUGGAUGGAGACUGUGAAAUAACUGUGGAAAAUAAACAAAGCUUAACUGCUGUUAGCCACAACUUAGAAUAAAAAGACUUAGCAAAUUUCAAACUCCAAGGUAUUUUUUUUAACUUAAGGAAAUUUACAGUGAAACUUAUUUAUAUUUAAAAUUUUGUUGAAAAGGGGUAAUUACCCUUCAGUAGCUCUAAGGCGUCUCUUAAAGAAUCCAAAGUCUAUCUAGUGAACAGUAGUUUUCGUUCGAACAGGUGACUGACUACAGGCAUGAGAAAACUGGGCUAAAGCUUAAAUCUCAUGUAAAAGCAGUCAAAGAUCUUUUGUCCAAUUGUCAAAAUGAAAACAUCAUUUUAUGUUUAUGACACUGGGCAAGGUAUAUGGUGAAUUGAAAUAUUUCUAAAUUUUUUAAACAAAACAGGAUUUUAAAAAAAUAUUAUUUUCUAAUUUGCUGCCAUAUUUACAUUGACUCUUGGCUACAUACUAUGAAUGAAUUUCCUCACACCUAAAAUUUGAUCUUAGAACAAGAUAGAAACCAUUUUUUUCCCUGUUAGUUUAGAAAAAUUCAUAUUCAUUAGUCAUGGAAAAUAAUGUUUUGGUUUGAGUGGAGCUGUUCAAUUCCAUUUUUCCCAAAUUAGCUUUUAAGAUAGAGUGACUUCAGCUUGUUUAAACCUCUUUAAUCAUGACUUUCUCUUAGUAGUGGAAUUAGGGACCAAACCAAAUUUUGACUCAUUUUCAGUUUUAAAAAUACUUCUUGUACAAGCUGUAAAGAUCCAUUUAGCGACUGAAUUUACGGGCAUUUGAUCAAAUUAAAAGCAUAUAAAAUUCCUCAGAAAGAUUCCUAUUUUUGGCAGUGAAGUUUUUGCCUUUAUCGUUCUUGGUUUUCCAGCUGAUAAAAUUAAGGGAUCCAUAACUAGCAAGCUGGUUCCAUCACCCUCCAUGUUAUUUGCAAACCCUACAGAUAUAAGAAGUCACUUUUUAAGAUGUGCUCCAAUGUACAUAAUCAGUAUGGCUAUGAGAUUUGCUGGUCAUUUGUAACUUUAGGUAUUGCAGGGGCAGGAAAGAAUGAGUGGUAUGUUUUAGAAAUGCUGCUUUUGAAACCCAGUAAAACUGACCAAAGCUUUCAGAAUUGUGGGAUAGUUAUUAAAAAGAUGUCUAAACAAAAUUAAACCAAACAUUCAGUCUUCCAUUUAAAUAAGUGUAUACACUUGAAAACAGCUUUAAUAUAGAUCUCUUAAAUCUGCUGUGAAAACCUGAUCUUCCUUAUCUUUGUUGUUCAGUUUUUCAGUUGUGUCUGACACUUUGUGACCCCACUUAGGGUUUUCUUGGCAAAGAUACUGGAGUGGUUUACCAUUUCCUUCUCCAGCUCAUUUUACAGUUGAGGAAACUCAGGCAAACAGGAUCAAGUGACUUGCCCAGGGUCACACAGGUUAAGUGUCUGAGGCCACAUUUGAAUUCAGGAAUUCAGUCUGACUCCAGGCCUGGCACCUUCUCCAUUCCAACCAACCUAGCUGCCCCUUUCCUGAUCAGUUGGCACAAAGUAUAUACUUGAGUUAAGAUUUGAAAAAGAAAUCUGAAAAAGGAAUCAAAUUUUUAUCCCUAUUUUCAAAUUAUCCUCAUCUUUUUAAAGCAGAUUUUAAUAAAGGAGAAAAUCAAGAUUUGAUAUCUAACCCUGUCUCCCAUAUCCUUUUACCAUUUUAUAAUUUAUAAACCUCUAAAAAGCUUCUUUUAUAAGCAAAAUAAUUUUCAAAAAGCAUGCUGACAGCAGAUAAGUGGUACUUUUCCAGUCGAUAGUUCAUUACUUAAAAGCAUUAACUUUGUAUUUAACAAUUGCUUUCUUUCAAAAAUAAAUUUUCCAAUGAAGUCCUGGUUGUAGUGUAGUGAUUUCUUCUAAAGUACCACCUGACCUACCUAAAUAAUUCCUUCUAGUCAUUUCUGCAUUUCAUCUACCCCACCCACUUUCCCUACCCCUUAAACUUAAGACUUUAUACUAGAACUCUUCAAGUGUUUACCCCAUUGGCUAAAGCCAGCAACUGAACUGUUGACUUUAAAAUUAUGUAUCUGUUAGCUUUUAAUGUUAAGAUUUGGAAUGUCCAGAACUGUCUUUUUGUACUACCUUCACCAUGAUCAGGCAGGCCCUUUUCUAACUGUAUACAAUAUGUUUACUGUGCCUUAAUAUGUAAUAAUAGUUUAUGCAAAUUGUAUAAAAUGGUUAAAAUGAUUAUCUGUUAAUUCAUUAAAUUACUUGCUUUACAUGA